UGUAAAAAAAAGAUAAAUGUUGUGUUACUGUUAUAAAUUAGUGUAUUAAAUAUUGAAAUAAUAUCUAAUAGACUGAAAAAUGUAUGCAGUUCUUUUCAAUCAUUGUGAACGAUGAUUGGAUUCUUCCCCAAACCACAAAUCCUGUCUUGACAAUGUUCGUGCCGAGUGCAAGUAAAACAUUCGUCCCGAGUGCACAAUUGAUUUCACACGUUUGACUUGGAAACAAAUCAAUUUGUCUGCAACUUCCUCAUUUGUUCACAAGUUGUAAAGUAAUAAAGUUUGAAUCAAAAUGGGUAAAUACAGUGGAAAAACUUGUCGUCUGCUAACCAUGCUGAGUAUGACAUCAUCGUUCUUCCUCGUAGAGAUUAUUGUUGGAUAUAUCACAAAUUCUAUAGCUCUGGUAGCGGACUCUUUUCACAUGUUAUCUGACGUUGUGGCGCUUAUUGUUGGCUUUGCCUCAGUCAGGAUCUCAAAAUGGCGCUCUCAGAAGAACACAUUUGGUUGGGCGAGAGCGGAAGUUGUCGGAGCUCUCGUAAACUCAGUAUUCCUUAUAGCUCUAUGUUUUUCUAUCUUGGUCGAGGCAUUGAAGAGACUCGUUGAAAUAGAAAAAAUAGAAAAUCCGAAGUUACUCCUGAUCGUAGGUGGCGUCGGUCUCCUGAUUAAUUUCCUCGGACUUGCCUUGUUUCAUAACCAUGGUCACAGUCAUGGUGGAGGUGGGGGUCAUGGUCACAGUCAUGGCGGAGGUCAUGGCCACAGUCACGGGGGUAAAAAUACAGAGGAUGACCAUAUAGCUCAAAAAGAAAGCGAUUCAUUGGUCGAAAGGAAACCAGGAUCAGUUGAAGGAAGUUCUAGUGGGUCUGAGGCUGAUAUGGAAGAAGUGACAAUACAAUUUGAUGAGAAUAGAGUUUCUUCAAGUGCUCAACUUAAUAUGAGAGCAGUAUUUUUACAUGUACUGGGUGAUGCUCUGGGCUCAGUGAUUGUUGUAAUAAGUGCUCUAGUUAUUUGGUUUGUAGACGAAGACUGGGUGUACUAUGUAGACCCUGGUAUGAGCAUCGUCAUGGUGUGCAUAAUUUUAUCAACAACAAUACCACUUUUAAAAGAAGCAGCAUUAAUACUUCUACAGACAGUACCUACACAUAUACAAGUAACAGAUAUAAAAGAUAAAAUGAUGAAAAUAGAUGGUAUAGAAGCGGUACACGAGUUUCACGUGUGGCAGUUAGCAGGAAAUCGUGUGAUUGCCUCCGCCCACAUCAGAUGUCAUAAUCCACACGAAUAUAUGGCUUUAGCAGGGAAAAUAAAAGACCUCUUCCAUAAUGAAGGAAUACAUUCCACAACUAUACAACCUGAAUUUUCUGAGGACUGGGACAACAUGCAAUCUAGCUGUGUUUUAGCAUGUGGUCCAGAGAAAAAUUGUUACCCUGACACAUGCUGUGCUGUGUCAAAGAAGACUUCGCCAAACAAGUCAGAAAAUGGGACCGUUACAACCAAGAGGCGGGCAGGGAAUGGAAAACAGUCGCCGCCAAAUGAAAUCGUAUGAUUUAACAAAGUAUUAGGAAUUUUGAUGAUAAGUUUGGGAACAAAACUAUUUAUACUCUCAGUGUUUCUUCAUGAACAAAAAUCAGAUUGUGUGUUGCAAUGUAUUGGUGUGUAAUUGAUUAUAUAGGUGCUUAAUUAUUUUGUCAUAAUUGUUGUCAAACGUCGAUUUGAAUUAGUUUUUCAGGUUUUUGACUGAAAUAUAGAUUAUGUCUUUAUGGAUUUUAUCGAAACUAAAAGGCAUUUAAUACAUAUUGUCAAAUGAAUUUUUAGCCUGAAAUAUGUUGUUAUCAUUUUUUAUAGAUUUUUACUCAAAACACUUAAAACUGUUGACAUCUGUAAAGUUUUAAGUAAUAGAAAUGUUGGUCUUUACUGAGAGGUGGUCUUUAUUUGAAGGUUCACUGAAUAUCUUUAACACAUAGCAAACGGAAAGUUUAUGGUUUUAUGAAAAGGGAUUGAUAACUUAUGAGCAGAUGAGCGGACAGAGAAAAAAAUCUAAAAUUAGGACAUUGUACUGUCUGGUUAUAACGUUACGUUUUUUUUUCAUCCUUGCUAGUUGGUGCAAACAUUGUUACUUUCUGUGCCUUUUGUUUAUGUUUUAAGAAAAUUAAAUAUGUUUUUACAAGAAGGUUAUGAUUUUUGCCUAUUUGAGCUUUUUAUAAGACGGGGAAAGUGACAACAUUGGGUAAACAUUAAUAGUAACAUUUGAUUGAUUCAUUUAACUUAUUUAUAUAUUAAGACUUGAGAAUAUCAUACUAAAAUCAUUAUUCGUUAUCAAUGUUCUUAUCAAUAUGGCAUUGUGUUCAAUUAAAGCUAAUACUUCUGUUCUAUAGUCAAUGUGAAAAUUUUAUUUUGAAAUCCACAUUCUAUAUCCCAGUGACUGAACUGCAUGAGGUUUCUGUAUUAACCCGCCUAUAGGACUGAUAACUCAUAAGACGGGGUCCAAACUUUGCCUUAAAAUUGGGAUAUAUUGCAUUGACAGACGAACAUUUUGGAAAAAGUACACACUUUUUAACUAAUACUUACUUUAAAUUAGUAUCCCACAUAAUUUUUUUUAUAAAAAUGGGAUAAAACACACAAGUACAAGCUAAUGUACAAUUAAUUAUGACACAAAUGCUAUUUCUCUCCUGUGAUGAAGUCAUGAUGUGAUCAUGUUUAAACAUUGUUUUAUAAUGUAGAUAUUGUACAUUUAUAGUGUUUUAUCUAUGUCUAUAUGUUGAAUUUGUAUUUAUAUGUAUAUAUGAAUUGGAAUAUUGUAAAUUUUUAUGUGUGUUAUGGGGCUUAUCCAUAUCUUGUGCAUUUCAUAAUGAUAUUUUUAUGCUCUCCAAAUUUUUUAAAUGGAGCAUAUGUUAUGGCUUUUAACUGUUGUAUCAUCAAACUAACAAGAAAUUUCCUUUACCUUUAUCGACUUAUCGACUGGUAUCGUAGAUUUUCGGCAUUUUUGAAUGAUCUGUUGACUGGUUCAUUAAAGCUCGGUUUCAGGUUGAUGAAGACAAGGUUAAGGUCAUUGAGAAAAAAAAUAGAUUUUUUCCUUCUUUUCUGCAUAGCUAGGCAAUGUAUCCAAUAGACAUAUACAUUGGAGAUUUUCAUUUUUUAUUCAAUACAAGCUAGUCAUGUAAUUUACAUAGAUCACCAUUCUAUGAUACUGACUUAGUCAUGUAAAGUUACAUGUGUUAAGUUCAUGAGAGAUCAUCAAAAUUUGGCUUUAAUAUUUAUUUUACUGAUCUCAGUUAUUUUGAUAUAUAUAUAUGUGUGUGUAUAUUUUUAUUAAUCAAAAGUAUUUCUUAAAGUUACACAUAUCAAAUUAUUAUAGGAAAAUUACACCAAUCCACUGUGUAUUAUUUUCAUAAACAAGUAAUGUUACUCGUCACCUUAGUGCAAUAACUGGUUAACUCCUAUUAAAUUAGAAGGACUUAACCCGUUUUUGCACUAAGGGGACGAAAGUCAUGCACUAAGGGGAUGAAAAGUCAUUAAGAUAGUGAAAAUAACAUUGAUAUUCUAUCCUUGCC